CUUGAGUCGGCUGCUGAGAAGCUCAGAACUUCUGACAUCCCUGUAGCCUUCCCUACCGAGACCGUGUAUGGCCUCGGGGCAGACGCAACACGGAGCGCUGCUGUCCAAGGCAUCUACAAGGCUAAGCAAAGACCUUCAGACAAUCCUCUCAUUGUUCACUUCUCAUCCCUGUCACAGUUGAGAUCAUUGUUGCACGGCAAACAAUCGUCUCCUACAAACGGCACGCGUCAACACGGGCAUCUGGAAGACCCAAUACCCGUCAUUUACAGACCGCUCAUUGAGAGAUUCUGGCCGGGCCCAAUGACCAUCAUUCUGCCAAAUCCUGAAAAUUCACCUUUGGCGCCCGAAGUCACUGCUGGUCUACACACUUUUGGAGCACGGAUACCUAGACAUCUUCUAGCAUCAGCACUAAUCUCAAUUGCCGGAGUCCCUGUCGCUGCGCCUUCUGCAAACGCUUCCACAAAGCCGUCGCCAACGGCUGCCGAGCACGUUGCACACGAUUUGGACGGUCGCAUUGAGACUAUCAUCGAUGGUGGCCCAUGCGAUGUGGGCGUAGAAAGCACCGUCGUCGAUGGACUUUCGGAUCCGCCUCUUGUGCUACGACCCGGCGGCCUGAGUCUGGAGCAAAUUCGAACAUGCCCGGGAUGGGAGAACACUCAGAUUGGAUACAAGAACGUGUCUGAGAAGGGCAGCCAGCCAAGAGCACCCGGCAUGAAGUACAGACAUUACUCGCCAAAAGCGACUGUCAUUCUUUUCGAAGUAGGCAAGCCUCCGCCCACUCUAGUUGAUCUACAACGUCAUGCAGGAGCAGAAGCAAAAUUAGGCAUUAUCCGAACAAGGACUUGGAAUGUCAACACCGAAGACGCUGAGAAGAGUCUCAAAGCCAGCAAUUGGGCCAAGAAGGAAUACAGAAAACACGACAUUCCCUCCCAAGGAGCCUCGCUUUCAAUCGUCGAAGUCAAGCUUGGACCAGACACAGCAGACAUUGCCAGAGGUAUAUUCUCUGCAUUACGCGACCUCGACAGACAAAAUGUGGACGCCAUCUUUGUGGAGGGCAUCGAUGAUACUGAGGGUGACACAGCGGCAGCCAUCAUGAAUCGAUUGCGUAAAGCCGCU